GAUCUUCCAUCGUCUUUAACCAAGCUAUCUUUUGGCAAGCAUAGCAGUAACAACAUUUUACUGCCUGGAUCUAUCCCCCCAUCCGUUGUAUCACUUCAACUACGCGGCGAGUUUAGUUUGGAUAUCAAACCGGGCAUAAUCCCUUCAUCUGUUACACAACUCGAUUUUCGCGCUGGACAACAGUUAUUGCCAGGUUGCAUUCCCAGCUCUGUUACAGACUUGACUAUCGGCAAGAGAAUUGACCUCUCUUUGUCUACAGUUUACAUUCCAUCAAGUGUUGCCACCUUAUCCGCGACAAUAGUCGAUGGUGGUGAGCCUGCGCCUGGGGUGCUUCCCUCCUCAGUCAAACUUUUAAAGCUUCGCUGGUUCUCUCCAAAUCACAUUCCCCCAGGAUCAAUUCCCUCUUCUGUUUUUGCAUUGGAAUUAGAGUUUAAUCCCAAGCAGAACUUCCCAAAGGAUGUCCUCCACGGUGUUCCUUCCUCAGUGACACAUUUGCUCCUUGGGAAUCGAUUUAAUCAAAAAAUACGCCCCCAAUUUAUCCCAUCCUCAGUAACAAGGUUGGAAUUUGGAUAUCAUUUUAAUCAACAUAUUCUUCCUGGGGCAUUACCAUCCUCACUUACAGAAUUAAUACUAGGCCUGUCUUACAACCUUCCAUUGCUCAAAGGUUGCAUCCCAAACUCUCUCAUCAAACUAUCAUUUAACAGCAAACAUGGUGUUUACAAUCAGCCAUUCAUAUCUGGAACUUUACCUCAUUCGAUGACAAACCUCUGCUUAUCAUAUCAAUUCAAUCAGCCGCUUCCACUAGAGUCGAUACCAUCAGUCACAAAAUUGACUCUUGGUGCAAAAUUCACAGGCAGAUUGGACCAUAUCAUCGAUCAACUCCCCAACCUUGUCACCCUCAUCAUCCAACGCACCUUAUCUUUACCAACUCCGUCACAAAGGAGAAGGAUCAAAGAGAUCAUUAUAGCCAGAAGCUUCGAGUCACAACCGACAGUAUUUCUGCACCCAUCCCACUUCAUGCUUAAUCCUCCCCCCAAUCUCAUCCUAGCACUACAAUCAGCCCUGACUGUUCGAGUUGCAGUCAAAUACACCGACAAAAAGAACAGUACCCACCACAACAAAAUGUCAUCCACCAUCACCUGCAGAAUGAUUGACAAUGACACAGUUGUCAUGUUUUCCAAAUUCCCUUUUCAUUUUGGA